AUGGGUGAGGGAACCGAACCUUAUACCCAAACUGGAGGCGGGUUUGAUCUUCACCCUCAGAGUCAAUCGACUGUUGAUUCUCUUAACGAUCUCCGUCGCUUAUGCCACAUUCCCCCCGAAGUGGAGAUGGUGGUCCCGGAGCCUUACGAGUCUCCGGAAUCGGGGCGAGAGGGUUAUUGCUGCGCCUAUGAAAUUUAUUUCAAAGGGUGCGGCUUGUUCCUCCCCCUUCUUGAGAUACUUCUUAUUUACCUCGACCAUCUGGGAAUCGCCUUCUCUCAGAUGUCGCCCAACAUGCUCCGGUAUCUUAUGUGUACCUUCACUAUUGCGGCGGAGGCGGGCUACUCGCUGGGACUUAGCGAGCUCUUGGAAUUCUUCCAGGCUCGUGAAUCCAGAACUUUUGGGUAUUAUGCCCUUUAUCCGAUCGCAGAUCGGAACCUUAUUGAUGGCCUGCCUUUAAAAGACAACGACUGGAGGAAAUUUUGGUUCUUCUUCCGUCCCCAAAUUCGGCCAGUUCCCUCUGUCAAUUUUUUAAACUUUUACCAGGCCGUCCUGGAGAGGCCAGUUAAUUGGAAUUCUUUUACUUUGGAGAGAAUUCACGGUGCCGGACAUUCUGUCAGAAUGGGCCUCACUCACCCCGUCGACCCUCCUCCUGCUGAGAUUGAUCUCUCUAGUCUGAAUGCCCGAGAUAGGAGAAAGAUCAGAGAAGCAGACAAGAAAGUCAAAGAUCAGAUUUCCCAGAUUGGAAGAAACAAGAAAAAUGCAUCUUCCGCCGGAGAUGACAAAAUCUACCGAAAAACUCUUUUAGUUGAUGACGGGUCCCUUGAGGGCUCAAAGUUAAUGGCGGUUGUCAUAAACAAUGCUCAUCCCUCCACCCCAGCAGCAGACAACACGAUCGCUGCUACUGCUGAAGAGGAAGGUCUUAUAGGCGAUUCUUCUUUCAUGAAGAAGAAGAAGGCUGAGGAACUCGAACCCCCGCUCCAGGGACAACCCAAGAGCAUAAGGAAGGACAAAAUAAAUCCUUCAAAACUACCAAUUCCUGAAUCUGCUGAAGCUCAGGAUAUAAACCCUGAUUCAGGAAUUAUAAAGAGAAGAUUGGAAACAUCUAAAAGAUGUUUCCACACUCGCUUUGGGAAGAAACUUCCGUCCUUUGGGCACUGGAGGGAUGACAUCAAGAAGAUGUAUAUCAGUCAUUCAUUCCACUCCUCCCAGGCAACCCUGGAUGUGAACAGCAUCAUCAACCAUUACGAAGAGGAGCUUACCAAAGUUUCUAAGAGAGCUGCUAUUGCUGAAGGAGAGAUUGAGAAACUCCAAUCUUCCAAUCAGCUUGUGAAGGAGACGAUUGGUCUCGACUCGGCUCAGCAAAAGCUAAAAACUGCCCUUGCUGAUCAUAACUUCGCAAAGGGCGAAAUCGAGCUUCUGAGAUCAGAGCUUAGCAAGGUCAAAACAGCUGCUGAGGAGCUCGAACGCAAAAAUGAGUCUCUUUCCAAACUGAAAGAUCGAGAUAUUCGCAACAUAUCUCAUGAUGCUCGGAAAGAAGUUAAAGGAGCUGGGCAAAAGUGUCUUCUUGCUGUGCAUGAAUUUAUCACUGCGGAUAAAGAUUGGAACAAACUUAACUCCGAACGUGAUGAGAUGAAGAGCAAUCUCGAUCUGAUCAAGGAGAUAGAAGAAGGAACACAAUUAAUCUGGCUGAAGAAAAGGAGACAGUUGGCGCUGAGCUCGCUAAGACUGAAGCUAAGCUAG